AUGAGCAAAUUAUCGAGUACUUGUCUUUUUGCUGCGGCUUCCGGAGCUGUUUUGGAGUUUAAUCGGCAAAUUCCCCUUCAAAAAGAAAUCAUCCGAGAUAACGGCAAAGACAUCUAUCAAGACUACGAGUCAAAGGAUGGCAACUACAAAUAUCACGCCGAGAUGCACUUUUCGAGUGACAACAACAAGGACGGAGUCCCAGAUGUCCAGUUGCCGCCAUUUUCUUUUGGCAGCAUGGAUGAAGAGCUCAAUUCUAUGAUGAAAUCAGCGUUCAAAAUCGACAGCGCUUUUGAAAAACUUCCCGAGCGCUUCGGCCUCAAAAGCUCCAUAAUCGGCGAAAUGGAAAAAGAAAUCGAGAAAAUUGAAAAGAACAUCAUCCAACAAGUCGAAUACGAAUCCUCUGCAGACUACGAAGAAGAAUCCUCUGCCGAUUAUGAGUCCCCAGAGUCAAAGACUUAUGAUCUCCGCAUCUCAAGUUCUCCAGCUUUUUGGAGCUUCUGGGGAAGAAAAUAA